CCGGAGCUCCGAGCACAGUAAGCGCAGUUCGCAGACGAACGCCGCGACGUUCAUCUCUCGUUCACAUCGCGAAGACCCGUGCCGUCGACGAUGACCCGCGAUAGCGUGACGCUGUUCUCGUUUAUCUUCUGUCUCCUCUUCCUGGGACUGUACCACGUCGAAGGAGAGCUCGUCCAGUGGGGGCCGUGUUCUUAUCCCGAGGGCGUUACACCAUCGAAUUGUACGGUACACGAAGUGAACAUAGACCCGUGUAAAGAGGCUGCUGAGAACAAACCAUGUAAAUUAAAAAGGGGAAUCGUCGGGAACAUGACGUUCCAUUAUACACCUACAUUCUCGUCGGACAAAUUAGAGGGUAGAAUAUAUUGGGUCAGUCAGCUGGCGGAUAUCCCAUUUCUGGGCUUGAAUUCCAACGCUUGUUUAAUGACCAACUGCCCCAUCGAGGCUGGCCAGAAGAACAUAUACCGCGUGCAAGUACCGAUUUUGAAAGAAUAUCCAGUCCGGACGUAUAAUUUGAAAUGGAAAAUCUGGAACGACCAGGAGGAAGAGUGUUGCUUCCAGUAUCAAAUUAAAAUAACUAAAUAAGAAACAUUGUAACACUAAUAGCCCGCGGACGGUAAUAAAAAGAUUACAUUUCGUUUAUUUUA